CUCCACCCUCUCCACCUCUCAGCCCACCCGUAGCGGCUCGGCAUCAUGCUGCGCAGCACCUACGACGGCGACAACACCGUCUUCUCGCCUCAGGGGCGCCUGCACCAAGUCGAGUAUGCACAGGAGGCCGUCAAGCAGGGCAGUGCCGUCGUCGGCCUGCGCAGCGCCACGCACGCCGUGCUCGCGGCACUGAAGCGCGCGCCCAGCGAGCUGGCUGCGCACCAGAACAAGAUGCUGCGCAUCGACAACCACGUCGGCAUUGCGUUUGCGGGCCUGACGAGCGAUGCGCGCGUGCUCUCCAACUACAUGCGUCAACUAGCGCUCUCCUCUCGCCUCCUCUACUCGCGUCCUCUGCCCCUCUCCCGGCUCAUCUCGCAGCUCGCCGACCGCGCACAGCUCAACACGAUGCAGUACGGCAAGCGUCCCUACGGCGUGGGCUUCCUCGUCGCCGGCGUCGACGCGGCCGGCGCACACCUCUACGAGUUUGCGCCGACGGGCAACUGCUUUGAGUACUACGCCAUGGCCCUGGGCGCGCGCAGCCAGAGCGCAAAGACGUACCUCGAGCGCAAGGUCGAGACGCUCGAGGCGAUGAGCAUGGAGGAGCUGGUCAUGGAGGCGCUGUAUGCGCUACGCGACACGCUGCAGCAGGGCAAGGAGCUCGACGCAGAUGCCAUCUCACUCUCCAUCGUCGGGCCCGGCGCCGACUCAGACGUGGCCACCGCGGCGACGCGCGCCGAGAAGUUCCGCAUCAUCGAGGGCGACGAGCUGCGGCCUUGGAUCGAGCGCAUGACGCCUCGCGCGAAUCCCGCCAACGCCAGUGCGACGGGCGCAGUGCCGGGAGACGGCACGGACGCACCGGGCGGCGAGGCGACGGUCGGAGACGCGGCGGCGCCGAUGGAGGAGUGA